GCAGAAAGGGAUGGAAAAAAAACACAAAGACAAAAGGAUCAGUCAAAAGCUGAGGCUGUUAGAUCAGAAGCAACCCUCGGACCAUCCAGAGAGAAGCACGUUUGUUACAUCAGCUGUAGUGGUGAAAUACCCGUCAUGUUAUUGGCACUGAGCAUUUUGCUGUUAAUAUUCCCUGAGUCUCUGUCUGUUCCAGUCAGAGAUCACUGCACUACAGGCAAAAACAAACUUCUACUGAUCAGCUUUGAUGGGUUCAGGUGGGACUACGACCGAGAUGUGGACACCCCAAACCUGGACAAAAUGGCUGAGGAAGGAGUCAAGGCAGCAUAUGUCACUCCACCUUUCCUGACCAUCACCAGUCCUACACACUUCACCCUGUUAUCUGGAAGGUACAUUGAGAACCAUGGGGUGAUUCACAACAACUGGUUCAACACAACCACACAAGAGAAGAAACAAUACUACAUGACACAGUUUGUGGAUGAAUACUGGGAUAAUGGCAGUCUACCCAUUUGGAUCACUGCUCAAAGACAGGGUAAGAAAACUGGAUCCUUACAUUUCCCUGGCACUGCUGCCACUUACCAGAAAGAAAAUAUCCAAGUGAAGGAGGUGGAACCGAGGUAUUAUAACCACACCAAUGAGACGGCAUGGAGGGAGAAAGUGGACAAGGUCUUGAAGGAAUGGUUUAAAGAUCAAGACUUAGAUUUUGUCACUUUGUAUUUCGGCGACCCUGAUGAAACUGGCCACAAGUACGGGCCUGAUUCACCUGAGCGCCGCAGGGCAGUAGAGAAAGUUGACCGAACUGUGGGCUACAUAAGGGAAACUGCUGAGAAACACGGACUCAGUGACCAUCUGAAUAUAAUCAUCACAGCUGACCAUGGAAUGAGCACUGUCUUUAAAGGAGAUCAAGUAAAAGAGAUAAUACUCACCGACAUCCCAGGAUUCUCCUUGAAAGAUCUGAAAUUCCACAUGGUGGACUAUGGACCUUUUGGGCUGCUGCUGCCCAAAGAAGGGAUGCUUGAAAAGGUUUAUCAAGCCUUGAAAGGAGGUCAUCCGAACCUUCACGUUUACAAGAAAGAAGACAUGCCUGCUCGACUACAUUACUCCAAACAUCCACGCAUCCUACCCAUCGUUCUCUACGCAGACCCAGGAUAUGUCAUCAAUGGGUUCUACACAUUCCAGACCAAUAAAGGGGAACAUGGCUAUGACAAUGAGGUCAUGGACAUGAAGCCUUUCUUCAGGGCAGUAGGACCAGAUUUCCACAGAAACUUGUUGGUUGGACCAUUUGAGACUGUUAGCGUUUACCCGCUAAUGUGCCACUUACUGGGGAUAAAGCCAGAAAUCAAUGACGGGUCACUGGGUGACACCAAACACAUGCUGAUAUCCAACGGAGAGUCAUGCGAUUCUGGAGGCGAAUCUGGAGAGGCCCCCAAGUCAAUUCUUCAUAACGUGUUCGUUGGUCUUGCUGCUGUGGCUGGAUUUUUAUUUCUUGUGUGUGUUGUUGUUACAUCCUUCAACAUGUAUAAAAGAUGGAAAGCGAAUACAAGAGGAAAAGUCAUGGAUGAUGAGGACCAGAUAAAAGCUGACUCCAAGCAAACAUCGUUCUAAGACGGACAUUUACUUAUUCUUGAAUUGCUUGUCAUUUAAUGCUACAGUGGGAUCCAAGAAUCUGAGACCACAAUGAGACGUGAAACAUUGAGGGCUUUUCACCCCACUUAAAUCCUGGAUGUAAAAUAGAUAAAUAAAUUAAGUUAGUUAAAAAGAUUUUUUUUUUUUUUUUCAUAUUUUUAUAUUUAAGUAUUCACGUCAAGGCAUCUUGACUACAAGUGUCAUUAAAAGAAAAGAGGAACAGAUUGUACAGUACUACGCUAUUUAGUUAGUAAGUCCAUGUACAAUUUGCAGUUAGCUAGGGUUGGGAAUCGAUUGGGUUUUAUUCACUACCGGUGCCAUUUCGAUACUUUUAAAAUGGUACGGGUGACUAAACAGUGCCUGAAUCAAUACUUCUAUAAAAAUAAAUAAAUACAAUAAAAAAAGUCUAAAACGGAUAACUUUAAAGAACAUUACAAAUAUUUAAAAUAAAUCCAUAGCAUUCACACACUCCUUGGAUGCUCUAAUUUGCUAAACUUCCCUUUAUCUAAGGCUAAUAAAUGUAUUUCACGAUCCGGGACAUUGUUUAAUAUAAAACCAAACACAAUGUUUCUGUAUCUCUGUCAAUAUCUCUGAUAUUCAGUUAAAAUAAGUGCUGUCUGUCACUGUCUUUAAUCAGUUCUGUGAAUGACUGUAUGCUCAUUAUUUAUAGAGUAGCAACAAUGUCAUUUGUAAAGUACAGUCUUAGGCACAUUAGUAUUUUCACCCCAAAAAAGAGUUUUAAACAAGUUAUUUAUAUCUUUUGCUGUAGUAUGUCAGUAGGAAAUAUCAGUUUACAUUUCCAAACAUUAAUUUUGCCAUUAAUUUUAAUAAUAAUCUAGUGAGAUUGUUGAAUGCACAAGCAGUCUGACAACACACUACCAAAAAACUACUGCACAGUAGUGUAUAUAUAAAGUAUGUAUAAUUAAAUUAAGUGUAUUUAAAAAAAAAAGUGUAAUUAAAGUGAAGGAAACAGCUGUGGUGUGAUGAGCGGUGAAAGCAGCGAAAACUUUACAGUAGAUGGGAAAACCGACUGCUCCCUCCUGACCUUUUGUAAAAUGUAUUUAUGAUAAAGAACUGCACAUAUAUAUAACUAUCUAUCGAUAAACACACACCUCGUGUCCUCGUUUGUGUUUGAGUCUGCUCGAGCUGCUCCGAAGCGGUCUGCAGAUCGAAAAGCGCGCUGAAAGACGGAGAGGAGACCGGUCUGACGCCGGUUUCAUAUGAAAUUUAAGCGGACUGACUCUGAGGCGAAUGCGAAUUUGAGUACAGUUUAUGGAGCUAAAUGCUAUAGCCCCGAUUAAAAAAAAGCCUAGCGACGGCCCUGCUUGUGUACAUUUCAGAGAACCAGGACAAAUAUUUAAAUCGAUCGCUCAGGCAUUUAAGAGGUACCGAAAUGAGGCACUGAAAUCUGCGUUCUUUUAACCCUACAAUUAACCCUUCAUUCAUAUUAUUAUGCUGAUGAUAUGUAUUUAAAAUGUUCCAUUAAAUUAGAAAUGCUGAAAAUAUAAUUUGUCAUUUUAAAAAGUUGUUUUAAAUUAGAAAUGCUUUGUAAUGAUUUGUAAUAAAAAUUGCUUUACUGCC